CCUGGGUUAGCCAAGCUUAGCAAGCCCUUUCACUUCUUUCGGAGCUUUUUGCUGACUCCAAAUUUAGCGCGCCGCGUUCAACUGACCUCCUGCGAAGAACUUGUCAACGAGUCACUCGUCCGGGAAUUUACCGCCUGAGCGGCCCAGUGACCUGAUGCACUGCGCCCGGACAUCGAGGCAGGAGCGCGCGUCCUUCUGGAUGGCAAUGCAUCGAGAGCCGGAAGGCCCUUCAGCCUUCCUCGUGAUACAGCCGACAAAUCUCCUUGGCGUUCAUGUUUUGCCUUUGACUACGUCGUCCGAGAGGUCCGACCCGUAUAAAAUGUGGGGAGAGAGAACGAGAACACCAGCUUCCAAGUCUUCAAAGUUGCGAUGUUCCCUACCACUGCUCUCUUCGCUCUCUGUCUCGCUGCUGUGUCUCAGGCGCAGCAGAUCGGCACCCUGCAAUCGGAAGUACACCCGACUCUCACCACUCAGCAGUGCACAGCCGGCGGAAGCUGCACCACUUCGCAGAAUGCGGUCGUUCUCGACUCGAACUGGCGCUGGACUCACUCUACGUCGUCAGCCACCAACUGCUACACCGGCAACACCUGGAACGCCGCUCUCUGCCCCGACGCCACGACCUGUGCGCAGAACUGCGCUCUCGACGGCGCCAACUACCAGGGCACCUACGGAGUGUCCACCUCCGGCAAUGCUCUGACGCUCAAGUUCCUCACUGGUUCCAACGUCGGCAGCCGAGUGUACCUGAUGGCGGACAACACCCACUACGAGAUGUUCCAAUUGCUCAACCAGGAGUUCACCUUCACCGUCGAUGCCUCGCAGCUCGGCUGUGGUCUCAACGGCGCGCUCUACUUGACCGAGAUGGAUGCCGACGGUGGUGUGUCUCGCUUCCCGAACAACAAGGCCGGUGCCCAGUACGGAACCGGCUACUGUGACGCGCAGUGCCCUCAAGAUCUCAAGUUCAUCAACGGAUUGGCCAACUCUGCCAACUGGACGCCGUCUACGAACGACCCCAACACUGGCACUGGUACGAUGGGAACCUGCUGUAACGAGAUGGACAUCUGGGAGGCCAACAAGUGGGACACUGCCUACACGCCUCACUCGUGCUCCGUCGUCGGCCAGACCAUGUGCACUGGUACCAACUGCGGUGCCGGCAGCGACCGCUACAAGGCUCUCUGCGACAAGGAUGGUUGCGACUUCAACACCUACCGCUGGGGCGACAGCAGCUUCUUCGGACCUGGUCUCACCAUCGACACCACUCAGCCGGUCACCGUCGUCACUCAGUUCCUCACCAACGACAACACCACGACUGGGACGCUGUCCGAGAUCCGCCGUCUCUACGUGCAGGGCGGCAAGGUUUUCCAGAACGCUCCUGCCAAGACUCCUGGCCUCACUCAGUUCAACUCGGUUACCGACGCGUUCUGCAACGCGCAGAAGAACAUCACCGGAGAUACCAACAGCUUCGAGGCCCGCGGCGGUCUUGCAACGAUGAGUGCUGCGCUCAAGCGCGGCAUGGUUUUGGCGCUCUCGCUCUGGGACGAUGACACCGCUGGAAUGCUCUGGCUCGACGCUGCCUACCCGACCAACAGCAGCGCCUCUGCUCCCGGUGUAACGCGUGGACCCUGCACCGCCACUUCCGGUGACCCCAAGACCGUCCAAGCCCAGCAGCCGAACGCCCAGGUCAUCUUCUCGAACAUCAAGACCGGCCCGAUCGGCUCUACCUUCAGCGGCACGACCACCGGCGGCGGCUCGGGAACGACCACCUCGGCUACGACACACUCGACCAGCACUGUCUCCUCGGCGACCACGAGCUCUGGCUCUAGCUCUACCGGCGGAACCAUCCCCAAGUUCGGACAGUGCGGUGGCCAAGGAUGGACUGGCUCUGGAACAUGUGCAUCUGGAAGCACCUGUGUCUUCAGCAACCCAUGUGCGUCUUUCACACUUCCUCGUCUUCUCCUUCUCACGUGUUUUUCCAGUCUACUCUCAGUGCCUGUAAACGAUUCGGGCACGUAAAAUGACUUGGCAACUCUCUGUAUAGUACGCGCACCCUGUUGUGUAAUACGAAUUGAAUAAACGGGACCGCUAUAAUUCUCUUCAC